AUCAUUGGUCCUCCAGUGCCAUCUCCAAAAAUUGAGUCAGUUUGUUAUGGCCAGCUGAAAUUUGGAAAAAUUUGUUUUUAAGCCGUUGAUUUGGAAUUCCGGGGCCACUAUGAAGGGCGGAACCUUUCGUAACACCCAGUGGGAUCCCACGCUGCUAUGGUCACAGAUUGUAUCUAUGCAGUUCUGCGUGUACUUCACUCUUGGACUGCUCGUCUUCGUGGCCAACAAGUUGUCCGGGGAUAACUACAGUCUGGAUCAUUUGUUCGAGUAUCAUGAGAUUCACAUUUACGAUUUGGGCGGUAGACUGGUGAUCUGCGCCUUCGUCUUGAAUGCUUUCCUGGCUUCCGUGGCACUGUGGUGCAUUGUAAGACGAGCAAAGCUAUGUCUGGACUUCAGUUGCACUUUCCAUGUGCUGCAUUUGCUUUUCUGCUGGUGGUACAACCGCUCCUUUCCCGCGAAUGCAUCCUGGUGGCUGCUCAACGUCAUCACCGGAACAAUAAUGUGCAUAGGCGGAGAAUUCCUCUGCCUGCAAACCGAGAUGAAGGAGAUCCCAGUGGGCUAUGCGGCCCUCAAUCAAAAGUCGGACGUUUGAAUCUGAUUCACUAACUUGUGAUGCCUACAAACUCAACCAAGCCACCCAACCAGCUUCUGUGUAAAUGUAAUUUAUUGUUAAAUUAGCGUAAGAUUACAUAGCAUAUAAACCUUA